AAUGAGCACUUGGUAACCGACUUUACACGUUUCGCGACGUUUUUUCCCAAAAAUAUUCGGAAAAAUAUAUUUUUUUGUUUAUUAUGUACCGUGUUUGUUUGUUUGUGAUGGUGCUUGUUUGUGAGUCUGUUUGUAUGUAUAGUUCUAAAGCUUUGGAGGGAUAUCCUGCGGGAUAUCUGGCUGAUUGUCCCGGAACAACAACGCCCCAACCCAUACCACUCUCAGACCUAAAAUACCUGACAAUAUCAGUGCAGACAAAAGGGAACAUCUUAUGGCCGAAACCCAAGUACAAUUACUAUCAAAUGAAGGAGCUAGCCAAAGACCCCCAUAUCGACUUUAAGAAGAAAACUGUCAUGUACGUGGGGGGGUUUCUUGAUCAUCCUCAGUUGCCUUUUGCUAUGACAGCUGGAGCGGUUUAUAAGAGGAUGGGGUAUAAUGUUUUCUUGUUGGAUACUAAUAGGUUUACGACUGUUGCUUAUCCCGUAGCUGCAAGCAAUAUGCGGACCAUAGGAAAACACGUCGCCGAAAUGCUUGCCACCCUCAACAAAUAUGGGUUAAACCCUCAAUAUUUAGAACUCGUUGGUCUCAGCCUAGGAGCCCACACCAUAAGCUUCAUAGCCAAAAACUACAGACUCCAAACGGGCAUGAAUAUUUCUAGGUUAACAGGCUUAGACCCCUCUGGUCCAUGUUUCAGAAAUUUAGGACCAGAGGACCGGUUGGACCAGACUGAUGCUGACUUUGUUGAUGUGGUCGAAACUAAUAUUGACGGGUACGGAAUGGCGGCACCCGUCGGCCAUGUUAAUUUUUACGUCAAUGGCGGGGAAUUUCAACCGGGAGAUUUCUUUUGGGUUCCUUGUGAAGUUAUUUGCAGCCAUAUAAGGUCUUUUACUAUUUGGAUAGCGGCUUUAAUGAACCCUAACAGUUUUAUAGCCAUGAAAUGUGAUUCCGUUCAAGAGGCGAGAGACAAAGAUUGUUACGAUAAGAAUCCUGUUGUAACGAACCUUUUGGGACCAAAUACUGAUAGGAAUGUACAGGGAAUAUUUUAUCUGGCUACUCAAAAUAAUUUUCCCUAUUUCUUGGGCUUGAAAGGUUUGGAAAAGGACUAUGAAUUCUUUGACUCGAAACUGAAUUUGUACAAAAAGACGAGCUGGUCCUUUUUUUGAAGACCGCGCUGGU